AGUAGUAGCGGCACUCUGUGUGUUCACAUCAUGUAGACAACAGUUGAAGCAUGGCUUUGCCGCGGAGCGCGCCGUAAACAGCGGCUGACGCACUCCAACAGUCCGGAGAAAUUAAUCUGGAGAGUAAAAACGGGAUUAAAAGAAAAUUAUGGACGAAUCACAGAGGAUGGAAACACUGAUCAGCCUGCAAAAAGUCUCUGGUAUGGAGAAGAUGCUAACUGGGAGUAAAGGGAAUCGGUAUUCAUGCAGCCUGGUGGCUGUUUUCAGGUAACUGAGGUGUGUUUGGAAGUGUUGGGAUAAAUCCAGCUUUCUUACUAAAUCAUAUAGAAAACCAGAGGAAUCCUAGAAAACAAGGACAGAGCUGGACUCAGGAUAAACCAGUCGCUAGUUAAACCUUUCUAAAACCUCCUACAUGAGAAGAAGUUCUCCAAAUGAAGAAGAAGAAAACAUGGCAGCAGGUUGGGGGUCACAACUCUUACUACCCGAUUCAGAUUAAAUGAGCAUCGCCGUCAGUUACCAAACACGCAGACAUGACCCACAACCUCAGCUCCAGAAUCGACACGCCGACCAACAUCUCCCUGAGCGCCGCCGUCGCCGUCUCCGACUCGCUGGAGUACAAGACGAUCUCGGUGUUCCUGGUGCUGCUGGUGUGCUGCGUUGGCAUCGUGGGGAACAUCAUGGUGGUCCUCGUGGUCGUCACCACGCGCCACAUGAGGACGCCCACCAACUGCUACCUGGUGAGCCUGGCCAUAGCCGACCUGACGGUGCUGGUGGCGGCAGGGCUGCCCAACGUAUCCGACAGCCUGACGGGCACCUGGAUCUACGGGAACGUCGGGUGUCUGGGCAUCACCUACCUGCAGUACCUGGGGAUCAAUGUGUCCUCGUGCUCCAUCACUGCUUUCACCGUGGAGAGGUACAUUGCUAUCUGCCAUCCCAUCAAGGCUCAGACGGUGUGCACGGUGUCGCGUGCCAAACGGAUCAUAACCGGCGUCUGGAUCUUCACCUGCGUCUACUGCAUGCUGUGGUUCUUCUUGGUGGACAUUCAGGUCGGCCAGGACGGACAUGUGCAGUGUGGCUACCGAGUGAAACGGGAGCUCUACCUCCCCAUCUACCUCAUCGACUUCACCAUUUUCUACGUCAUCCCGCUGCUCCUCGCCAUCGUGCUGUACGGCCUGAUAGCGCGGGUGCUCUACCUCAGCCCUCUGCCGAGCCACACCGAAACCAGCGCCACCACGCUGCGAAGGAGCUGUCGCGAGACAUCGGAGGCUGCGAGGAUGGGCCGACAGGGCCGGCCGAAGACGGCGGUCUCCUCCAGGAAACAGGUGACGAAGAUGCUCGCCGUGGUGGUGAUCCUUUUCGCCCUGCUGUGGAUGCCCUACCGGACCUUGGUUCUGAUCAACUCCUUCGUGUCCACGCCCUACCUGGACUCCUGGUUCCUGCUGUUCUGUCGGACCUGCAUCUACGCCAACAGCGCCAUAAACCCCGUGAUUUACAACGCCAUGUCUCAGAAGUUUCGCUCCGCGUUUCGGGGGCUGUACAGCUGCCAGCGAGUGGACGGUAAUCAGCGGACGCUGUCCACCGCCCAGACCUGCUUUGGUACCGUUCGAGACCCGCGGCCUGCCCUGCAGAACAGCAACCAAGGCAAUGAAAAGGAGACGCGGGCCGUCCUGGAGCCUUCCUCGGAUUCGACGUCGAAGCUCCACAGGAGCGAACAUCAGGAGACGGCGGCGGUGAACGGGAUGACGGCCGAUCAUCGGCCCGACGGCGGCCAUCAGGACUUCAGAAGAGAACCAGGAGAAACGCUGCAGGGAGGCGGUCAGGAAUUAGAUCAGUCAGUUAACAAAACACUUGGUUCUGCAGACAGAACCAGUAAAUAAUGUAGAUUCCACAUUAUCAUGCUGUACCAUAUGGAUAUACUCAUCUUUAAAUACCCACCGUAUAUAUAUAGGCCUAUAUGUACAAUUUUAAGAGGGUGCAGAUUUUUUUUAUUUAGCUGUAUUUAAUAACACUCAAAAAAAUAUAUGUUACAAUAGUACGGAAGACAAUUAUGGCCGCUGGGAGAUAAAACAACAACUUUUUUUUGAUCAGUAUUCUGACUUUAAUCUGAUCAAAAGUCAAAGUUCUGAGAUUAAAUUCAGUAUUGUGAGAAAGAAAAGCAAAAUUCUGAGAAAGAAUUUUAAAAAUUUGAGAUAAAAAUUUUUAAUUCUCAGAUUUAAGUCAGGAUUCUGAGAGAAAAUUCAAAAUUCUGAGAAAAAAAAAAAUCAAAAAUUUUGAUAUAAAAGUCAGAAUUCUGACCAAAAAAAGUAAGAAUUCUGGGUUUAAAAACAGAAUAAGGGGAUUAAAAUCAGAAUUCUGAGGAGAAAAUUCUGAAUUCUGAGAUUCAAGUCAGAAUUUUCUUUUUCAUUGGCCCUAAUCUUCUUCCGUACAAUAGGCUAGUAAAAGCCAAACUUAGAUUUCUGUAUUGAAGCUUUAUUUUUAAAAGAAACAAUAUCUGCAGGAAAAUGCGUUUCAUGACUCCGGACAAGUUGUCUGCGAAGCUUUCAUUGAGCAAUUAUUGGGUGAUUAUUAAGGUCAUUCUGAGACCCAUUAACAGUUUAGAUGAGUAAAUAACGUCUGAAGGACUAGAAGUUGUUCAACACCAGCAGCAGGAUGAUGAUUUUUCCUUCACUUCCUCAAGUGAAGCAAGAUAUUUAUCUGGAAUGUGAGGAGAAGAAUUACCAGAAAUCUUAAUGUCAGAGUCACGUUGCAUUGAUUUUAUUUAUUUAUCUUUUGCUACUUAUCCCUAAAAAGAUGUACUAUAAUGUAUUUAUGCAGAGGUAUUUUCUCCUAGAGAAAAAUAAACACUAUAAAAAAGACUCCAAUAGCUGAUUUAAACCUCCACAUCUUGUGAAAAAGCAUCUUCUGAAAGGUUGGAGUUUAUAUGUUCUGUGUUGUAAAAAGAAACAAGCUGUGUCUGUGUUGGUGGUAAAUUACAACCUUCUGAAUUUUAUUGGUUUAAUUUGUGCAGCUCUUGAAAGCUUCCGUCUUCAGACUGCAAAAAGGCUUUAUGGAGCUAAACUGGUACCAUAAAGUUCAAAAUAAUAACAAAAACAUUUAAACAAGAAAAAAAUUUGAUUUUAAACUGAAAAAAAAAAAAAUCUAUGAAAUGACAAACAUUGGUUCCAUUAAUUUCUUGAGGCGGACUUGCCGCGUCCAAAAUGGUGGAACUGCAAACGUGUCAGUCCGUUUCUCUAAGGCAGGAUCGUUUUCCAGUAUAAAAGCACCUCUUAAAUGAUUGAUUUGGUCACUUUUUUCAGUGGUGAGCUAUGCUAAUUAAGAAGUUAGUAGCGCUAACCCUAAAGCAGUAAUCAUGAACAUUAGCCAUGCUAACGCUAAAGUACUGACUUCAAAUCCAGUUAUAUCUGCCCUUUAAUAUGAUUUUGACAUUAUAAUUUACUAUAAUGUUCUUAUGUAUUGUAUUUAUGUUUAGAUCUUGUUCUCUACUGUCCGUUUUUAUUUUGUUCCCUAUAUAUUUGUUGUCUAAAAUGAAGUUAUUAGGGAAGAAAAGAUAGAGAACUUGAAAAAGAGGAAAUGGAACUUCAUCCCCUUCAAAAUAAGAGCAUGAGUAUAAACAACUUUAUUUAACUGGAAGUUUACAAAACAGCCAAGUAAAUUAGCGCUUUAGAAUUAAAGUUAGGGGAGUUAUGUGCCCUAAACAUUUUCGAAGUUAGCAAAAAUGCUAAAGUGCUAAAUGAACAAUUAGCUCUGCUAUUAGCACACUGGAGGAAGUGUGUCCACCUCUGUAAUUUUUUUUAAUAUAUUUGUCUUUUACUUUACGUUAUUCACCUCCUAGUGAAAGUUUAAAAUAGAACAACUUAACUUAAUUAACUUUGUACAGAAAAAAAAAUACAUAUAAAUGUUUACUGACCUUAAACAGAUUAAAUGCAUCCUAAUGUUUUUCAGUGUUUUCACCAUCUUUUUGAGUGGAAAGAAAAAUAUAUAUUUUUUUCUGCAAAUGGUUGAAAAUACAGUUUCUAGGGACUUGCGUGGAAGCAAAUAAUGUAAAUAAAUAUUAAAUUUUAAAUAUUUAAAGUGCAAAGGCAGUUGUAUGUGUUGCAGUGAAGAAUGCCAAAGCAAAAGCACUAAAACACACUUUGCUAUUUUGUUUUAUUAAUAUUUCUCUGUUUGCAUCAGGAUUUUUUGCUGCUUAUUCCAAAAACUACACUAUGAAAUCUGCAAAAAACAAACCCUGAUAACCUAAGUUUAGUAACUUUCUCAGAUUACAUUACGAUAUCUUUAUCAUUUUGUUAUAAAACGUCUUAAACAUUCUUAAAGUUUAUUUCUUAUAUUAAGUAUUAUGUUGCAGUGAAACAGUUUUUGAUUGGAUAAAUAUUUAAGAGUAUUAUUUGCUUCCAUAGUCGUGUCCCAUCAGUCAGCGUUCCCUUUAAUAGUCGACGUCCAUCACCUCGUCUCCCAGCAGACUUAUACUUUUUUUAAUGUGCAUAUUUUAACGUGUGCAGAGAUAUUUCCUUUCUGCCGUCAUAUUUGGUGUCUCUGACCUUUUUCCUCCUAAUAUUCAGUCACUUUAAAAACCUUGUUACCUUUUUUGAAGGUAAAAAUGCUGUAAAUAUGGACGUGUACAUAGAUUCAAAGCUGGAAAUUAGAGACUUUCUUUAGCAACUUACAUUUAUUAGUGUAAAUAAUAUACAGUGAUGUUUAUAUUUAAUUAUCUGAAUGACUGCAUGUCCACUGACCCUACUGGUGAAGUUUACAGAUUAGUAAUAGUCUGUGUGUGUUUGUAUAUGUUCAUCCUCCCAAAUAUUUGCCUUACUACAGCUAAGAAAUAAUAAUAAUACAGAUUUAUAUAUUUAGUUGCAUGAUAGAGUGUAUAAAAUCAACUUUCCAUCAACAGUAAUGAUUUUUAAAUAUCUCAAACAUUCUCAAUUAAUGUCGAUAAAGCUGCAUAAAUUAUCUCAAAUGUUUACAAUUUGAGUUUUAGCCUGAAAAAUGUGCAUGAAAACUAUUAGCUAAACUAAAUUGAAUAUAAAGGUGCAUUCAGAAAACAAUAAAACAGAAAGUAAAAGAAUAAUAGUAGAAUAAUGUUGAAUUUGAAACAAAAAUACCUGAUUACUUUUAAUUUAUGAUUGAAAAUCUGGGCAUUUAUAUAGGUUGGUUUGGAUAUUUUUUCUUUUUACCUUAAUAAAUAAAAUAAGCUUUCUGGGUUUCCUCAGGUUAUCUUUGUGUGAUAUUAACAUUAUAAUUAAUCAUUUUAAACAUUUAGGUGUGAAAGAAACUCAAAAAGUUCACAGAUUUGUACAUUUCCUUGGUAUUUUAUCACAUUCCCAUUAUAUCCAAUUCUUAUCAUGGAGAUGUUCCUGUUUAUUGAAUUGACAAGAAGUAGUACAAUUAAAAAUAAUGGAAAUGAGCUCAAGAUGUAAUUACUGAUCAUAUAAUUUAGUGAAGUGUGGUGGUCUAACAGAUGAACUACUUUAUCUUUCAGUUUUUCAGGUACAGAAAUCGUUCCUUUGGGGCUUUUACGCACCACCAGAGAACAUGUAAGGGAAAAUGGCAGUUCCAAAAUAAAAGUGUAAAAAUGCUUCCAAUAACGUUAUUGUUAUUAGUUGGGGUAUUGAAUUGUUUUUGAGAAUUAAAAAAUAAAACGAUUCAAUAAAAAUACUAUUUUCGGAUAUGUAGCAUGUAAUAUUUCAAAUAAGUUAUCAUUGUACUUGUGUAAAUUAAGAAGUAUACUGUUUCAAUUUUUUCCAAUUUAUUUCCCAAAUCGUGUUUGUGUUUUGUUUAACUAUUUAGGUUCUGAUUAUUUUUAUGUUUUUGCUUCAUUUUGAAAUCAUAAAAAUUAUUUUCCAAAACAUCCCUCAAAUCUACAAGCAGCACUUUGACCGUUUUAAAUGAGCUGCUAAUGCUUGAUUUUUUAAUUCAUUUGUGUGAAAACUGAUUUUAUUAUUUUCACUAAACGAUUUCCUUAAAAUACUUGCUCAUGUUUAUGUCUUUAAAAUGAAAAAGCUCUGUUACAUGGCCAACAUAUUUACAAAAACUGUCCUCACUGUAAGUUAAGCUGCUCAUGCAUUAAACCUUAGCAUUGUUAGCUUCGGCUUACAGAUAGUUUGGCAUAGUUUGUAAUAGCACUGUUAGGACUAGCCGUUAGCUUGAUUUGUUUUAUUGGCACAGUUUGGCCCAAUAAAGCAGCAUCUUCGUUGUCAUGGCAACCAUUAGCAUUAUCUACUACAUGUCAUACUGUCACUGUUGGUACAGUUUUUGUUAGCACUUUUAGCUUUAGUGGUUAGCUUGCUUUGUUGUAUUGGCACAGUUUGUGUUAGCACUGUUAGCAUUGGCGGAUAGCUUCAUUUGUUUAAUUUUUUUCUUUAAGCUUUGUUUCUUGCCUGACUGAUAUUUUGAUUUCUAAAUGAAGCAGAAAUAUUUUUAAAAAAUUGACAAAUGCAGCUGAUCUAAAGGGAUGAAUAUGUUUGGGGAAAUAAAAAAAAAAUAGAAUAAUGGGAGUACCUUCAGAAAUAUAGCAAAAUAUUGAAUGGUACAGUAAAUUACCUCAAGAAAAAAGUAUUGUUAAUUAGAGCUACCAACAUUAAUUUGUUAAUUAGUGAAUACAUGAACUUAUGCAGACACAUUUUUAGUAUAUUUUUAUGUUCUUACAGUUUCAGUCUUUCAUAAAUUGCCUCAGCCUGAAAAAUAAAGCAUUUGCUUCUCUUUGGGACCAUUCCUCCACCUUCAUUUCUUCCUGUGUUUUUAACUUGUAAUGUGUUCUCUGAUACUUUACUUGAUGUAAAUUUAAAAGGAUUAUUUGGUGUAAUGUGUGUGAACUUGUGCUGAUGUGUGCGGACUGUUUAAAGGGGGAUUUUUAUAAAUAAGCUGAGACAUAAAAAAGAAAUAACAUAAGCCUGAUGUUUGCAUGAAACAGCCACAGAAAGAGCAGGAAAAUGAGAAGAUUUAAUGAUAUAUAAAGUGUUAAAUCAGCCAAGUGAUUCAGUGCUGGAAAUCCACGCUGUAUUGGAUAUUAUAUGUUCUGUUUCUGUAUAAUUAGAGUGUGGAUUGGCCGGUGGCAGCAGUGUAAAACUCCCCUUGAUGUGGCUGCAUUUGUGUGGAUGUUUGAAUGUAAUUCUGUAAUUAUUUGGCCCUGGAGAGCUGCUGGUUUGUUGUGUUCUUGAAUGUGCUGUAAUCACAGAUUCCUUUAAAGUGCUUUUGGUUUUUAAAAGUGUUGUCUUCAUUGUUGAUGUAAGAAAAUGUUUGAUUGUGUGAAGAAAAUUGCAGCGUGCUCUGCUCUGUGGUGCAGUACAGUGGCUUUCGUUCGGCAUCUUUACAAAAGGUAUUUAAUUUAUUUUUAAAUGUUUCUUAGUGUUUGUGGUGCAGCAUUAUUUUUAGCCAUGUAAAAAUGAGACAAAAUCCAUGAAAGAUUGAGUUCUUUAUAAAUAAAUGUUUGCAUACUGCA